GGCAUGAAACCGAGGUUUUGCUACUGUCCAUCAUUUCCUAGUAAUAAUGGCCUCGUCGUUGUGAAAUACUAAAAUGUCGUGUUUGGUUAAACGUAGCAGUCAGAGAGUUAACAUGGCUGACCAUGUAAACACAUAGCUUUAUAUAUCUGUCUAUCACAGGAGAGCUGUUUAACGUUACUUCUCUGGACAGUACGGUAGCUAACUGACGUUACUGUUGGACGAGAACAGAGACAAGCGAUGAGGGUUUGGAAGACCAGCCGGGAGCCUGGGACAUGUCCAGUUUUUGUCGCCAUCUUUAUGCUAAUUUUGAGUGCACAGCUGGUGAAAACAACCUCUGAAUAUGACCCCUAUAAAAUUCUGGGUGUCAGCAGGAGUGCCAGUCAAACAGAAAUCAAAAGGGCAUACAAGAGGCUUGCCAGAGAAUGGCACCCAGAUAAAAGCAAAGACCCUAACGCUGAGGACAUGUUUAUCAAGAUUUCUAAGUCAUACGAGAUCCUGUCAAAUGAGGAGCGAAGGUCCAACUUUGACCGGUAUGGGCAGAUGGAGGAAAACCAACCCUUUGGCCAGUCACAGCAUCGAGGUUUCCGCAGCUUUCACAACAGCUUCUACUUUGAUGAGUCCUUUUUUCACUUCCCCAGAAACAGAGACUUUGCUGACAGCAAGUACAUGCUUCGCCAUGCACAGUUUAACAGCGAUGUCCUUCCAGACAGCCACAAGAGGCCAUAUCUAAUCAAAGUGACCUCCGAGUGGUGCUUUGCAUGCAUCCAUAUCGAGCCAGUGUGGAAGGAGACUGUGCAGGAGCUGGAGCCUUUAGGUGUAGGCAUUGGUAUUGUAGACCUGGGCUAUGAGCGUGGCUUGGCAAAGCAGCUGGGAGCUUACCGUGCCCCCUCCAUCAUCGGGCUGGUGAAUGGAAGAGUGACCUUUUUCCAUCAGGCUGUGGUACGAGAGCACCUGCGACAGUUUGUUGAAGAUCUGCUGCCCCAGAAGCUGGUGGUGAAGAUCUCUGAUGACAACUACAUGGCAUUUCUUGGUAACUGGCAUGUGGAAAAUAAGCCCAGCCUUCUGUUGUUUGACCAAGUCCCCAUUGUUCCCCUGCUCUACAAGUUAGCAGCAUUCGCCUUCAGAGAUUAUGUGCGUUUCGGCUUUGUGGACCAGGGUGGCACAGACAGCAGCAGGCUCGUGCGGCAGUUCAACAUAAACACAUACGCUCCGACCAUGCUGCUGUUUAAGGAAGACACAGAGAAGCCUGUUGACAUCAUUCAGGCCAGAGGGAUGAAGCGACAGAUCAUGGAUGAGUUUAUCUCAAACAACAAGUUCUUGCAGGUGCCACGACUGGUCAGCCAGCAGCUCUUUGAUGAGCUGUGUCCUGUCAAGCAGUUCCACCGACGGAGGAAGUACUGUGUGCUGCUGAUCACAGGGGAGGACUCAGCCUUUCUUCCAGGCAAUAAGGCCUUCCUGGACUUUGCCUCAGCUAACAGCAAAGAUGUGCUGCGGUUUGCUUAUGUCUACCAGCGUCAGCAGCAGCCUCUUUGUCAGGCGUUGCUCCACAACCAGGGAACACAUUCACCCCAGGUAGUGAUUCUCGAGAGGCGGAGCCAGGCUGGUAAGGUCCUGUACCGCACUGUGAGUGGUGGCUGGAAUGGCAGUGAGGAAGACAAGUUUCACCUUCAUGAACAGCUGGAGCUCCUUCAGAAGGAUCCCACGUAUCUGACUUCAGACGCCACUUUACCAGAACUCAACAACGAGAUGGCCCCCAUUUUUAUUAUUCGGUGGAUGAAUGCUGCUUAUGAUUAUGUUCUUCAAAUAUACGAUGACCUUCUUUACUCAAAUUGGCGAGAGAUGAUGCCUAUCCUGUCCUUGAUCUUCUCAGCUCUCUUCAUUGUUUUUGGCACAGUCAUCAUUCAGGCAUUCAGUGAGCCAGGGGAGAGCAAACCCCAAAAGCCAAAGCCAAAGCCAAAGGAUCAGCCACAAACUGAGGAUGAUGCAUCAAGCAGAGCAAGUACUUCAAGCCGUCCACCAAAAAAGGACUUUGUGGAGGUGACAGAGCUAACAGACAUUACAUACACCAGUAACCUCGUCAAGCUGAGGCCUGGCCACAUCAAUGUUGUGCUGGUGCUCACCAAUGCUUCGAAGAGUGCUUUGCUCAGGAAAUUUGCCAAGGAGGUUUUCUCUUUCUCUGGGUCUCCGACCCUCCACUUCUCCUUCCUCAACGCUGAUAAGCAUCGCCACUGGAUGCCAUCACUCCUUCGCUUAGCUUGUGAUGCUGCACAGAGCCAUUCAGAUGAAGAAGAGGAGUCUUCCAACUACAUGGGCUAUGUUCUGGCCCUCAAUGGCCACAAGAAAUACUUCUGCCUCUUUAGACCUGUCUUCACAGGGGACGAUGGCAGUGAUUCAUCUUCUGACACCUCAUUCUCUGACAACAGGAGAAAGUCCCGUUCCAGGUCCAGGUCUAGCUCACACUCCCGUUCGCGAUCCCAUUCCAGGGAGGAUGGGUCUGGCUCCAGGAGAGGCUCCAGCAGAGCCACUAGCAUAGAAGUUCACCAUAAGCUUGACAGGCUGGGACUGUGGAUGGAGAGGCUAAUGGAGGGAACCCUGCCCAGGAUACAUGUCCCAGCAUGGCCUACACUUGAUGACACCACUGCAGAGGGUUGAGGUUGAAGUAAGAAAAUUACUCUUUGUGGUCUUGUCUCCUGAUUUAAACACUUCAUCAAGCUAACUUAAUUGGAAGUUGCAGUUCUUAAAAAUUUCUAAGCUCUCUUUUGCAGAUGUAGUUUGCCACUGAACUGUUGAAACCCAGUGUUCCAACAGCAGAAUGCUAAUUCUUACAUGUUUGGUUCACAUGUUUACAUCCACGUAUGCAUCAUGGCUCAGACGUUAGCUCUAGCUAGCGCUGUGUGUGAAUUAACCUGCUUCUCCUUUCACAGCUGUUUCUGUGCAAUCAUGAGAUGAAGUCAUACAGCAUGGGAGAUGUGCAGUUUAUUUCUCUCUACUUAGGGACUUUAAACCACAUUAAGCCUCUGCAAUUUGCUUCAGCAGUUAACACGUCUCUAGAGUUUGGCCUUUUAGCAUUGUGUCGCGCUGAUGGAAAAUUCUGGUUCAUGUGAUCAGAGCUCCACAGAGGCUUUCUUUGAGAUCAGGUUAAUGAUGGCAUGCAAAUUGCAAUUGUUGCACUGAAUUUACAGAUGAUUUGUUUCAGUGGACUUGUAGGAUCCUUCACUUGAAUUUGAUUUUUGUACUUUAGUUCACUCUUUAUAAUCUGACAUCACAUUCAUACUCUAGGCAUAGAGAAAAAUAGAACUUACACAGCAUAGUAUACAGAAACCAUCCACUUAACAGGGAAAUCAGCCUCAAACACAUGCUAGGUGAAAUGCACCUUGUUAGUAGGUGUUUGAGGCCAAUUUAUCUGUUUGGUUUAUUACUUUGAAUCAGUGAGAAAAAAUAAAUCAUGCCAUAUACUUGUCCCUUUUAAGAUUAGGCCCUUUUAACCACAGCAAAUGUUAAUGCAUGGAAUAAGUAGACCUAAAAACACAUCAUAAAAAUCACCCACGUCUCUGUAAUGAAAUAAUUUACUUUUCAACGAAUAACACUUGUGGUACACUGCAACUUGUUUUUUUUUUUUGUUCUAUGUCCUUUGGAAGUUGUUUAUGUCCAUAUCUAACUGUAUAAAAUGAACUGUAACUAAAAUUCUUUUUAAAAUGGUUUAUUUAUUAAAGUGUGUGGAUAAGUUUGACCUGUUUGA